CCACCAUGCCAAGCGAGAGCAAGGAAGCCAAGCGCUGCGCCGGCGACGACGAUGGCGAUGUAAAACAAAGUUGUAGUGGCGGAGACAGCGACAGCGGGGCUAAACGAGCAAAGGACGAAGAGUUUGACGAAGACAACAACGUAGUGACCAAGGUCAUGACGUACUUCUUCGAGAACCAAGAGUUCAACCAAGCCUUUCAAGACUUUGCCGAGCGGGAAUGCGACCUGUUUGAUACAGAGGACGAGGUCGAGAUGAAACUCGAGUACACGGACGUGUUUAACAGGUUCACGGCCCUCUUCGAAAGCAAGCUCGAAGCGUUCAUUGAAUCCCAGCGAUCCACCGUCCAUGAGUUUUACUCGAUUGUCCAGAAAGCGUACGAAGCCGACCCCGAGAGCACGCUGUCCGUGUACUCUCAAAUGCUCGUGGCCGUGUGCGACUUUUCCGUGUUUGUGCUCAUGAUGCGGCGGACGAGGGACGCCAUGGCGUUGCACGCGGCGCGGAAAUAAUAUACUACUAUUAUUGUCGAA